GGUCUGGGGGUAGAGGAUCCUGGAACCGUCCCUGUUUAUGUGGGGAGAAUAUCAUCGGCUCGUGUGUGCGCAAUGUGGACGUUGUUUCAUUAAACUGCCAUGUCAGUAUCACGCACCAUCGGGAAUGUUUGCAAAUACUGUACAACCUGUUCUAAACUCACCGUUUCUUCAGGAACAAUGGAACAACAAGUAAACAUACCGAUUAGCUUUCUACUGCCGUUGCAGAAAGGUUUUGUUAACGGUAUGUAUUUUAUGCAGUUCUUUAUUUGCCCUUGCGCUUGAAUUAAAAUAUCUGACGAGUACAGGCACGAUUGACUGGAGGACUGAAAUGUGAUCACAUGGACGCCGUGCGCUCGAUGAUUGGUCACAAGCAAGUGGCGCUUGGCUGAUGAAGAUGAUGGUGGUGGCGAUGAUGAAGGUGAUGAUGAUGAUGAGGAGGAGGAGGAGGAUCCCUGUGGCAAGUGUUCGCCGGCGAGCAACAGCAGCAACGCUCAGUUGAGUUGACAUGAGAAACCACCUUGUCAUGAGAAGCCGCCUCGUCCGUCCAGGCCCCUUGCAGUGGACUUGUAAAGAAUAAGAAUGUCAUCAUGUGCCGUCUACAACAUGAUUGAUUGGCCUACGAGCCAAGUCGUGCAUGGCCGCUCGCGAGCAGCGGACGGGGACAGUCGUCAGGCGGCGGCGGCGGCGGCGGGCAUCGAGUGAGGGACUUAGAAAAAGCCGAGCAUUGGCGGCACACAACCGGAGUACCUGCGUUUCGAGGAGAACCGAAGCACCGCCCCUCGCCGGCCGCGGAGCUGCACAGACACCGAGGCUGUCAGCGAGGGUCGGCGGCUACUCUGGGGCAUUUUGCAUUCUUCAAACCCCGUUGUGAAAAUAUACAACAGCCGGAUUUGUCUUUUUUACAGUACUUUUCUCAACGUGUUUUUUCAAAUAUUUUUUGAUGUGUCCACGUCGGGAUGUAACGUUUCUACUUAGGAAUACCUCGCGUCUAUUUGUGCUGAAUUGGCUGGCUGUCUUUUUUUUCUUGGAAGAAAUCCACUGCCGGCCCUGACAGACACGAUGUUGCAUUCGGGCUUCAGGUGAAGACAGUCGCUGGAAGACACCAUCCCUUCCGGCAGGCUUGUGGAAAUACCCUAUUUGAGUGUCUUCAUAAGGCCUUGAAGGAGUGCUUAUUGGUGACCUCAAGUGGAUCUAGAAGAAAAUGUAGAAGAUACUUAAAAGGAAAGUCAGGACAUAAACCACUCUCCGGUGAUCUCACUGUUGAAGAAAUGUUGAACGAGAGAGGGACGAAGGUGGAUUUGGGUCACUAGUUUGAGCACAGAAAAAAAAAGUCUAGUGAGAGAGAGACGGGGACUGACAGAGGAGGAACGCUACAAAGGAGGUCUCGGCGGACUGAGGAAAAAAAAAUAUGGCUACCGACCCAGGAGAGCCCACAGGCACAGAGGACUCGUCGGAGAAACCAGAUGGACAGAUGGAAGAGGACUUUGAGCAGCAUGGUGGUGCCGACACACAGAGGGACAGGCCAAGCAGCACCCCCUCCGACAUCCUCCCAUCUCAGGCUCAGGGCUGGGGGAGGACAGGAGAAGAGCAUGGAGGGACAGGAGAAGCUCAUCAGGAGGCUGUGGUGGCCUGCCUCACGCCUGAAACCUUCUUCUCAACCUUGCCGCUUGACACAGGCCAGAAAAGUCAGAGGAGAGAGAAGCGCUUUUUCAGAAAGAGCGUGGAGCUUUGUGAGGAGGACCAUGACGUGGCUCUCGCAGAAGCUCCGCAUAGCGCGCCCAAGCUUGAUAUUCACUCCUUUGAUCCAGUCUUCAGCGGCAGUGCCCAACAGCAAGGAACCGUGUCCUGCACUGGCCUGCGCCAGGAUCCAUCCUGCCCCAGUGACCAGGAGCCUGGCAAGGAUGGCCCUCCUUCUUCGCCCACCCCAAAAGGGAAAGAGAGGGAGCGCGAGCAGGAGGAGGAGGCGGAGAUGAAAGCUGUGGCCACGUCUCCUGGAGGCAGGUUCCUCAAGUUUGAUAUUGAGCUGGGAAGAGGAGCUUUCAAGACCGUCUACAAAGGCCUCGACACUGAAACCUGGGUGGAGGUGGCUUGGUGUGAACUUCAGGACCGCAAGCUGACCAAGGCGGAGCAGCAGCGCUUCAAGGAAGAAGCGGAAAUGUUGAAGGGGCUCCAGCAUCCCAACAUUGUGCGCUUCUACGACUCGUGGGAGUCUGUACUCCGUGGCAAGAAGUGCAUCGUCCUCGUCACUGAACUCAUGACCUCGGGAACACUCAAAACGUACCUUAAGCGUUUUAAGGUGAUGAAGCCCAAGGUGCUGAGGAGCUGGUGUCGGCAAAUCCUGAAGGGUCUUCAUUUCCUGCACACCAGAACCCCUCCCAUUGUGCACAGGGAUCUCAAAUGUGACAACAUCUUCAUCACGGGCCCCACUGGUUCCGUAAAAAUAGGCGAUCUGGGGCUUGCAACCCUCAUGAGGACUUCGUUUGCCAAAAGUGUCAUCGGAACCCCCGAGUUCAUGGCUCCAGAGAUGUAUGAGGAGCAUUACGACGAGUCUGUGGAUGUCUACGCCUUUGGAAUGUGCAUGCUGGAGAUGGCAACUUCAGAAUACCCUUACUCCGAGUGCCAAAAUGCCGCUCAGAUUUAUCGCAAAGUUACAAGCGGUAUAAAACCAGCCAGCUUUGAUAAAGUGAAUGACCCCGAGAUAAAAGAGAUUAUUGAAGGGUGUAUUCGUCAGAAUAAAAGCCAGCGGCUGUCCAUUCGAGACUUGCUGAACCACGCGUUCUUCGGUGAAGACACGGGGGUCCGCGUGGAAUUGGCAGAGGAAGACAAUGGCACCCAGGACUGUUUGGCUCUACGGAUUUGGGUUGAUGAGCCCAAAAAACUGAAGGGGAAACACAAAGAUAACGAGGCCAUCGAGUUUAGCUAUGACCUGGAGAAUGACAGUGCUGAGGAAGUGGCUCUUGAGAUGGUAAAGUCAGGCUUCUUCCAUGAGAGUGAUGCCAAGGUGGUGGGCAAAUCAAUUCGCGACAGAGUCAAUCUGAUCAAGAAGUCACGGGAGAGACGGCAGCAACAGCUGCUCCAGCAACAGCAGCAGGGAUUUGAAGAAAGACGCGACUCCACUCUAACUUCCCACCCUUUGCCCCAUUCAUCCAGCCCAUCAUUAAUGGGGGGCAGAACAGCUGGAGGAGGUGGGCAGGAAUCUGACAACCUGCCUGAACUGGACCAGCAUGUUGUCAGAGGGGCAACGCUAUGCCUGCCAGGGGAAAGUCUCGGGUCUGCCAGCUGUGAGUCAUAUGCUAGCGGACAGAGCCAGUCACACUCUCAGUUGGGGAAAUCAUUAGCUCCCUCGCAGACUUCUCAGCCCAUCGCUACUUCUUGUACCGCCGUACUGGCUAAUCCACAGAGGCUCCCAGUUGGUGAGAGUGGAGCUGUUCCAAGCUUGCCAGGUGGCCAGAGUGUCACUUUGUCCAGCAUCGCUCAAAGCAGAGGCCCGCCUGUUGCUCAGAACUUCCUCCAGCCCACUGCCGUGGUUCAACAGUCACAAUCAUUUCCAUCAGAUGUGUUUCAAACAGCCACCCCCCCAGCAUCGCUGGCCCCCUCCCAAUCGUACAUCAGCUCUGUUUCCCCACAAGUUCUCACUUCAUCCAUGUCACUCAGCGAUCCUGCUGGGCUUGUGGUGACUAUUGUUCCCCUCACACAGCAGCCCCGGCCCGAGGCCCCUCCCAUGCAGCUCACUGACAUUGUUCAGCAGCCAGCACCACAGCAAACACAACCUCUACAGACCAUCGUUCAGCCGCAGCACCGUGGUCUCGGUGACCAGAAGUCCAGUCUUCAGCAGCAGCAAAUGGAGAGCCAGCUUGCUCUGCCAGAGCAACACUUGAGCACCACUCAGCCUUCAGUAGGACAUCUUCAACAGAGCCUUCCAGCUGUAGCGGUCCGGAAACAUCAACAUGAGCCUGAGCAGCAGAUCUGUGUACAGCAGAGCCUCCCCCCGGCUCCACAGGACCAAGCGGCAAGAGUAGGUAUGGUGCAACAAGCUUUGUCGUUGCCACCACCGGGAGAACAUUCUCAACCAGUGAAGGACCCUUGUGAGCAGAUCACCACCAUCCAACCGCAGCAACAGCAAGCCUCGCGAGAAGUACAACCGCAGCAGCGAGUUUUCCGGCUGGAGCAACAUCAGAAUUUUAUCCUACUCGAUCAGCAACAAGCUCAAUUAAAGCAGCAGCAACUGGACCAGCAGACCCUUGUACGCAAGCACUUAUUGGAUCAGCAACAAGCUACUCUUCAACAGCAGCAUCAAGCCAUGCCGCAGCAAGCACAUUCACAACACCAUUUAGGGCAACAGCAGCCCGAACUGUUGUAUCAACAAAUGGAAAGAAUACACGAGGAGCCACCGAAGCAACAGCAGCCCCAGCCGACUCAACAAGAAGAACAACAACAAGAAGUUCUCUUACAACAGCAUCUCCAGCAGCAGCUCGUCUUACAGCAGCAGCAACAGAAGACUCAGCUGAUGCCGCAACAAAUCCAGCAACAAGCUCUUCUGCAGCAGCGGCAAGAGAUUCUGCUUCAACAACAUCAAACAGAGAGACCUCAACAAAAGACCCCAUUUCAACAACAGUUUCAAGAGCAGCAACAGCGCCAAGCUGCCGUCGUUCAAUUUAAGCAAACAGAAAAACAAGAGGCGGUCUCUUCUCUUCAAAGCAGCGGUGAGCAGCACAUACAACAGAAAGAGCCUGAAAUGCUUCAGCUCUGCGCCCCUCAACCAAACAGCACUCAGUUUGUAGCUCAUAACCCGCUCACGGGCGAACAAGCUGCACUGAUAAUGCAGCAGCAAUCGUAUUCUACUCCACUCGCAAGAGAAUCUCAUAUCCCACUCGGACUUCCACCUAACGCUGAAAUGAUUCAGCAACACACUCGUCUUGGUUACCCAGUCGUCCCAGCUCAGGCGCUCCCCCAGCAAGGACAAAGUCAAAGUCAUGGCCACAAUGUUCCGCUCCAAUAUGGAAGCCAGUCGACCACGCAGGCAGCUCAGCUCAUGAUUGACUCCCGUGUUGUUCCUGUAGUUGUAACCACCCAAGGACAGGCACAAAUUGUUAUCCAAGCCCAGAAAGUUGUAAGCGCUUAUACUGAGCCAACACCUUCUACUACAACCCAAAUGUCUGCUCAGUCAGUCAUUCCGGGUCAGCCUUUGCAGCCAGCAGUCUAUCAGUCCCAACCAUCGCACUGCCAGAACUCUUCUGCUGACGUUCAGAUCAUGGGCCAGCAAAGCCAAACUGCUGUCAAGCUUCCAGCAACAACAAUUCCUGCUCAGAUACCGCAGGAGACUCUUCUUCAUCCCGAUAUUCAAAUGCCAGACAUGCUUCAGUCUCAGCUUCGGCAACAAAAUCCAAGCCAGGCGCUUCUCCAGGCCCAAAGUCACAUUCCGGCUAGCCCUCUGACCACUCAGUCCGGCCCGCCGAAUGACUACCGAUCCCGGUCGCUUAGACAUGAUGUCAUAGAUGUGACACGGCAGCCAAUGCUGCAGUAUCAGCCGGUGGCAAGGUCUGCUGGAGCCAACACAGCCAGUCUCAGUUCUUGGGGAGAGCCUGCAUGCAUUGUUACCACUGCAGUCGAUAUUCCAGUGGUCCUGGACCAGCAGCAGCCGUUAGGAAGCACCGCAAAUUCAACAGAAAUUCAGCCAAGCUCCCAGCCACAGCAGCUUCAGACAUUUUCUCAAGAUCAGCAAUCAGCACCUCCUUCCCUAAUCCAGUUGCCAGUUGAACCCAUCCUGGCUCCGAGCCAGCCAAAAUGUCCGCUUAGUCAGGCCGCGAUUAGGGAUGAGGCGGAGCUGCCGGCACAACGUCAGCCCGCUCCACAUCCCGACGCACAGCGAGCCCCCUGGAAUGCGGCGCAUCAUCAUUCCCACAUUACCAACCUCCCGUCCUCGCACAGGAGCGCAACGACAGGCGUCGGAUCUUCCUCCCAGCUCCAGUCAACGCACACGCUGCCUGCACUCACUCUCGCACAUAACAGCAUUCAGCCCCAGUCCCAGACAUGCAUUCAAAAGCAGGCUCAUUGUCACCCGCAAGCACCAGCUGCCGAAGCGCCUCUUCUUCUCCAUGCUGUCUUCCCCGUACAUCACAUAGUCCUGAGCCCCUCUCACCUAACGCCUCCCCCGCCAUCACUACCAUCCCGCCAUCCUCCUCCUGCCACCCCUGCGCCAGGGCUGCCGUCGCCACCAGCGGCCCAGCUCACCUUACCGGGGCAAGGAAACUUUGGACCUGCCACUGAUAUAGACUCACUUAAUUGUCAUGACCCCAAACUACCCCAAGCCUCGCUGCAAGACUGUGACAUUUCCCUGCUCGGCAUUUCUCAGGAUUGUCUACCCCUGUCAAAUACAGACCGCCCUUCCUCAACUGGGUCUGUGCCAACGAGUGGAGAAGAAGCUCCUUUGCUCUUGGCCAAUGGCAAAUUAGAAAAAGUAAAGGGCCAGAGGAGAGCGUCUUCUCUGAGACCUGAGAAGGUUUCACAUCAGUUUCAACUGAGUAUGCUUCAGGUGUCAGGCAGUGGCGACAACAUGGUGGAGUGCCAGUUGGAGACCCAUAGUAACAAAAUGGUGACGUUUAAAUUUGAUUUGGAGGGCGAUGCACCAGAGGACAUUGCAGAUUAUAUGGUGGAGGAAGUCUUUGUCCUCGAUGUGGAAAAGGAGAAGUUUGUUGAAGAGCUCAGAGCCAUAGUUGCAAAAGCACAGGAAAUACUUCAAACCCAUUCACUUACAGGGUCAACCGAUCAGUUACAAGUCAGCACGCCCACGAGCUCUAAGUCCGACUCCGUACCGCACUCGUCUCCGGUGGGACGCUGGCGUUUCUUUAUCAACCAGACCAUUCGCCACAGAGACUCUCUCUCUAGCCAGGGGGCUGCCAUGACACCUCCCACUGCACUGCCAGCCCCGAAAACAGAUACAGAAAAAGAAAUCUCCCAGAGUCUGGAAUCCUUCAGUGGAGUGUCCUCUACUGGCUUCGCCCCCUCUGCCACUACUGCACCCACUUUGCAUGCCACUGCACCUGAAAGCAUUCUUGAAGCCUCUGGCCCUCAGACUAUUUCAGGUGGUGCCAAGCUGCAAGUUGUUACCGCAACUUGUGGCCACCAAAUGCUCAGUUUGCCCAUUUCUACGGCAGUGUCUCCUACCAGCAACCUUAGCUCCAUCCCCGCUGCUGUCGCCGUACCUUCCAAGCCCAUCAACGCUGGAGCUGAUGGCGCAGUCAGCCUAGCUGACUUAGAGCAGCUGCAGCACAACCUCUCCCAAGCAGGCCAAUCAGCUGCACAGCAGCAGGUUCCAGUUGCCCAGCAGCAGUUGCAUCUUGAGCAACACUUGCAGGCAGCACCGCACCAACAACAACUGCAGCAGACGCAGGGAGUAUACCAAGAACAAAUUCAGGUACGGCAGCAACAGGAGUUUGUGCAGCAGCAGCAGCAGCAACAAACACCGCAGAUGACGCCGCAUGCGCUGCUUGAGUAUCAGCAACAGCAGCAGGCUAUGCCUCAACAUCAGUCCCACACGGAUCAUCGGCAGCAACAACUAAACACACUGCAGACGGUGUACACACCAGAGCAGCAACAACAUCAGCAGCUCGUUUGUAGUCAAACGUCCCAAGUCUCAGCUGACCUGCCAACACAGCGUUGCCAGACGCAAAAGGCAGAGCGAGAGGACGUGUCGAGCACCGCCGACACGAUUCCUAAACAACACCCGCUCCCCAAACAAUCCUCUGUACAGCAGUCCGAGUCAGAAGUGUCCACGGGAGACAUGAGCUUCACAGACGACCCGAUGCCAUGGCAUCCUUCUUCGGACUCAUCUUUGCCACCUCUUCAUUUGGGAGCGACCGAAGCCUCCUUCAUACCUCUGUCCCUCACACUCACCCCUUCCCCUGCGCAGCCUUCCUCGGUGGCCGAGUCGGACAGCGAAGGUCCCCCCAAAAUAGAAUUUGGAGACAAUCGUAUGAGGACGCUGGAUGAAAAGCUGAGAAAUUUGUUGUAUCAGGAGCACUGCGUCAGCGGUGCGUCUCCAGCCGGUGGGGCUGCAUCUGCACUGACGUCAACAUCGGCGGCCUCCACAUCUGCAGGUGGCGAUGAGUCUUCGGAGCCACAGGCGUUGUGCCUCCCACCCCCUACUUCUGUCUCAGAUGCAUCUCCACACUCCACGUCCUCCACCACCUCCUCCUCCUCCUCCUCCUCCUCCACCUCCUCAACCACCACCACUCCUGACCCUGAAAGCUGUGAAGGACCACGGGGAGGCUCUUCAGAAGUUCCUCAUUCAGCCAAGCAAGGCCUGAUGGAGUUGCAGCUUUUCCCAUCUCAUUCUUUCACCGACUCGACCGCCACCACCGGCACCACACCCUCUGCAGCUUUUCUCCCCGCCAAACAGGAUGUCCCUGCUGAGCCACAGAAUCCUCCUGUACCAGGAGAACCAACUAUCCUAGCUAUAGCUCCCCACUCUGACAGCAGCACCACUGAAGAACCAUUGCGGGCCCACCGCCAGCAGAUCCCCCUCCGGAAUGGAGCGCAGCAGCAUAAUGCAGGAGGUGGAUAUUUUGGCCUAAACCUGACAUGUCCUAGUAUCAGAAAUCCGGUUUCUAGCAAGAAAUCCUGGACUCGCAAAUUCAAAAACUGGGCAUGCAAAUUGCGCCAUUCCGCCAGCUUGUUCAAGAAGCCCAGAUUCCAGCAAGUCUCAUUAUCAGACGGCCGGUCGGCUGGUCAGUCGUUCAAAGAAAUGAGGGAGGUGACCCCGCAUCCAACUCAGUCACGCAAAGGACGAUUCCAUGUGACCCCUGUGCCUCAGUCCUCCCCGCCCAAGAAUGCGUCAUCAGGCUGCGGCAGCACUCACAGAAAAGUGGGCCGCUUCUCCGUGACAAAGGCCGAGACGCAGGAUGAGCAGACGGACGGCUCCCCGGUGGCUCCUGUUCUGCUCCGGGAAAGGAGGAGAUCUCGUGCAAAGGAGGCCGACAAAGAGAGGACACAAGCAAUGGCCCAUCUUUCGAGAGGGCACGGGCAUAGCCGCUCCCCCGUAGAUAGCAGCGAUGAUGAUGACGACAAUGCGAGUGAGUUGGAGGAUGACGACCUGAGAAGAGAACUUCACAAGCUGAGAGAGAAGCACAUCAAAGAAGUGGUGUCGCUUCAGGCCCAGCAGAACCGAGAGUUGCAAGAGCUGUACAGACAGCUUCGUUCCCAAAAAGACCAAAGGCAAAGUCUUCCUGCUUGCUUGUCUCGGAGCCCCGCCCUUCCCACAGCGCUCCCACCCAUCUCCCCUCGGCGACCCAGGCCAGCCAAAAUCAAACUGCGGCCGCGACCUCACUCUCACAUGGAUAACAACGGAGUCACACAUGCUGCAUUCCAGCAGUCAAGCAGUUUUUCAAGUACGGAGCAGAGUGGAGGACCUCCUCAUUGCAGCUCCAAGGAUCGUUCCUCAUUGCCUGUCAAAAGAGAUCAAAGCCCUGCCAGGAAGAGCACCUUCACUGAUGAAUUGCACAAGUUGCUUGACAAUUGGACAAAGGAGGCAGUGGGCCAGAACAUGCCCAAGCCUUCUCUCAAUCAGAUCAAGCACAUUCAGCAGGUGAAAGAGUUGGGAAGCUGGACCCAACCAAAUGAGGUGGCUUCACAGGGUUGGUUUCCAUUGGUCCCACUGAAGCCACAGGUACCCCUGGCCGCUGCCAACGUGCCUGUGUCAGCCCUUCCCCAGAACACGGCAGGGGGGGGGCUUCCGAACCCCCCCGGGUCUCCACCACAAGUGCAAAUGGCCCAAGUACCACAAAUGCAGCCCAGUUUACACCUCCAGCAGCAGAUGACAUUUCAGCAGUCUCCGCUGGGCCAGCAUGUAAAUCAUCAGCCCCGACCGCAAACCCCAAUCCGGCCACAAGCCCCCAUACGGUCGCAGUCUCUAGCGCACACGCCGGCUGUCGUCCAGCUGCCCGGCUCAUCACAUCAAACCCAACCGCUGCUGCCUUCCCGCGCCGCCGCCUCUCCGACGGUCGUGUCCUCGCCGCCUGACGACACUCCCUCUGCGCUCGCGGACAGCAGCGUUGUCGGUGGGGGGGCAUUGGGCACUUGUUCCUCCUCAUCCUCAACUUGCUGCUCCUCCUCCUCCUGUCUGAAAGCUGCUGUACCUUCCAGUGCCAAAAAGAAUCACCCUACAGACACCCCUGCCUCCACGCUUUCUCUGGAACAGGAAUGAAACCAAGGUUGGUAUAUUUGUGAAAAAAAAGGCACCAGAAAAGCAAUAACUGAGUUGCAGCAGGAUGUAGCACAGAUCCAUUUGGAGUAUUCGGCUGGAUUUACACUACAGUAUUCUUCUGCUAUCCGCAGAUGAUGGGGAGUGAGCCCAUGUCGCAAAUACCAGGGGAAAAAGGGAGGACCUGACCCACCCCUUUAAAAAUAUUUAAGAAUUGCCUUCAUCAAUCCCUCUAAAUAACUGUAUACUUACAUACUCAGAAAUAUGCCCCCUAAAACACUUGUGUAUAAUUUUAAACUCAUUUUACAAGACUAGACAGGAAAUCGACAGGUCGAUACAGAGCAGGAAACUCCUGCUGAAACAUAGACCAUUAAAUAGGGUGAAAAUAUGCUCCCUUUGAAAAAUAAAAACAUCUUAAUUGCCACCGGCAACCUGUUGAGGUUAUCUUCAUUCAAACCAGUGGGUGCAAGAAUCAGUUCAGGCCAACUAAAUAUGAUGUAAUAUUUAUUUUUUGUGUUACUUGAAUUUAUUCUUGUGGACCUGUUGGUUGUUGCUGCCCAGGUUAUAUUUUCAAAAUCUGACAUUGGCGCUAAUCCCUAAAUGGGCGCUCGGCUCUGCAUUGUAAAUCCAGUCUUAGGUGGACUUACACACGAGGGGGUUUUAACCACAUCGGAGAGUGACGCAAUGGAGUGUGAAUGUGAGAUCUGAGAGGUUCCAGUAUGGUCAGAUUGAAGGUGACAUUGAGCGCAUCACCUGAGCUUUGUCAAUAGUCAGACGCAUGGGUCUCGUUUUUCACAUGUUUGUGUGGCAGAGAAUUUGCGACGCAUGCCCGACAAACAUUUACUUAUCCAAACGUCACCAAUGCUUGCAGUGAAAGGACUAUCAAUUUUAAAAGUGCAAUUAGUAAUGAUCAUGGAAAUUGAUCAGCAUGUGUUGUCCUGAUUUGUCUGUAUGUCGUAAAAUAUUUUUGUAAAAGUCAAGUGAUGAAACUUUUCAAACCGUCGGCUUCAAGCACAAAUUGCUUCAGUGGACCAUAAAACCAAACCAACAAACAAAAAAAGUUAGCAGCUUCCAGAAUAGCCUUUUUUUCCAGUUGUGCAACUCAGAUUGACCAAAAGCAACAAUGAAGAAUUUCUGCUGUGUGGCUCAUCAAUCCCAGCGCUAAACUCCAAUUUGUGUAUUUUCAGACUAAAAGUCCCUCUGAAGUCACCUUUUUUUGGUAAUAUUUUACUUUUUACUUCAUCCAUUUCUUGCCGGUUGGUGCACUAAAAGAACGUCAACACGAUUAGAGAACAGGGAUUUGGGGUGACAGUCUGAGCUCUGAGGAUAAUAAUAAAUCAAAACAAUUUGCACCUGAGUAUAAGUCACAGUUCCAGCUAAAUUAUAAAAAAAAAAGUAUGACGAGUCUAAAAAAUAGGGUAAUUACAUGUGUGUGACAUCUUGGCUUGGUUUUAUCAAUUUUGGAAAGCGUCAUGAGACUGCACCUGUCACAACAUAUUGUCACUGUCUGGUGGAAUCGGCACAACUCCAAAUUCACCACUUUAAGGAAAUCCCCCCCCCCCCAAAAAGAAAAAUCACAACUCCUAUCCAGUCAUGUUCCCGUUCAGUAUGACUCCCACUCCCAUACCACUUUCAUUUUUUAGGUCAGCUACAUUUAAAAAAAAAAAUGUAUGUGACUCAUUUAUUGAACCAUUUGUUACCUCCUUUUUCCUCACUAUUUCGUGCAUUUCUCUAUUUGUUCCUACUGUAUAAUUUGGGUCCCGUCUGCUCCCGUGAACUUUUUAUUUUGUACUGUCCCAAUCUCGUGAUUCGAGGUAAAGUUGAGUCCCAUUCCACAGGAAUUCCCGAGAAAAUGUGACAAUUGUCUAGUGGUCUGCUCAAUGAACAGAUAUUAUAUGUACCUGGACAAUAAUUAAUUUAUCAAAUUAAUUAUAGACAAAAUAUGAACCUUUUACUGCUGCAAUUGGCAUACAUACUUUAUGUGAAGUAUGUAUCCUUUUAAUAAUGCCUAAAAAUAAUGGGACUUAUCAGAUUCCACACGACAGCGAUGAUAUGUUGAUUUGGUGCUGCAAGUUUGGCAUCUCAUGAUUAAAACUGAGUUGCACCCUGCUAAAUGAUGCAUUUAAAAAUUGUUUUCGAGUGCGGCUAACCGCAAUUUGAGGAGCGGCUCUCGGUGUGAAGCAUGGCAAUGCACACAACCACAAAGAUAAACAAUGCAUAAAGCUCUACCAUUGCCAUGACUGAUCUAUUCAGAACCAUUCAUUCCAGAGUCGCAAAACCUUUAUUUGCUGUACUGGCAAUGUUUUUCAGGUAGCGUAUUAGCAUUGUGAGUCAUCACAGGUAUCGCAUUCAAUCAACCGCUAACGUCAUGUCAAUACAACAUAAACACACACAUCAAACACUCGACCCUGUGAUCAGAAAUGACCAACAUAUGGCAGCUAAUGUGUGAGAAACAUUUUCGUUUCAUCGGGGAAUUGCUCAAUAAAAACGGUGCAAGCCUCUGCAAUUGGACAUCUAAUGUGACUGCCCCAAGGCACAAUCAGCUGCUGGUGAAAUUCAUCGGCUUGGUAAAGCAAACCCACAGCAGAAAUGUUUCCUUCCACAUUAGCCGUCACAUAUCAUCAAAUAUUGUGGUGAUGUGCUUUGGAGUAAAGUGCAAACCGUGAAGCAACUGCCAAGUUAUUGUGACCUGGCAGCUCGUUUAGAUUAGCCCAUUUUGCCUUUUGCAUUUUUCAGUGUGUAAGUCGUGUUUCUCCUUUUGACUCGCAUGGAAUCAUUCAUGCGCUCAAAUGAGCCUCUCCAGGAUGACUCAACCAACUUUAUUUUCUUCUUUUUUAAUGUUAAUUGGUGUAGUUGACCGCAAACUGUCAUAAAAUAAUGUGUGGGCAAUUCAUGUGUUGAAUACACACUGCCAAAGGUUCAUGAUGAAAGACAACCCAGCCCUCGAUGUUAUGCACUCAUGUUCUGUGCAUCAGUCUGCAAGCAGAUGCAUUACACUGGACUGGUUUAGCAGCAUACUUAGCCGUGCAGGAUGAAACGUUGCGUUGUUUCUGGACUUCAUUCAGAAGAUCAAACAUUGAGAAGAUCAAAUAGUUGGGUUACUUUGGGCAUCGUUUAGAAUUGACCGGUGAUUUUCUGGAUCCUUCGCAGUCAUGUCUGAUACUAACUUGAAUACCACAAGCUUGAUUGUCACAUUGCACAAUGUGGAGCUGGCUUUGUGUUCCCAAAAUCUAAAAAAAAUAAAUAAAUAAAAUAUUUAAAAAAAGAGAAAGAGAAAAAUAUUAUUUUUGUAUUUUUUAAUGGAAACGCUUCAUUAGAAUAUUGUGAUCUUAACAAAUCAAAACGCUGGUUCUCAUAUGUGUUCCAUGGGACUCACCCUGUUAUUGUUGUUGUUGUUUUUUAAAUACAUCUUUCUGUCCUGAAACAGAAAAUAUUUGCCUAGUCGAACUUAAUUCCUCACACAAACAUCACACCUCUUGACUUCACUCUCCGAUUGGAUGCCAUCAAAGUCAAGUGAGUCCCGUUCAUGCAUGACUGAGAACCAACGAUGAAGAAACACAUUUGGGAAAUCCUAAAAAGUAUGUUGCUAGUGAUUUGCCCUCUGUACAUUGUAACACAAUCAGCUUUUGCUUUUAUUUAUCUUUUGUAACUAAUACAAAUAAAUGAUGUCCAACAUCCA